UAUUACGUAAAAACUUUAUCGAUUGUGUUUUGAUUUAAAGAAUUUAAAAACCCUUUGGAAGUUUUGAGAAUGAGUGAAAUAUCGAUAGAGAGCGGACGUAUUGAAAUCGAUGGCAGAAACCUUUAUUACGAAAGGGCCGGAACUGGCGAACACGUCGUUCUACUACUACCCGGUGUUCUCGGAACGGUUCAAAUUGAAUUCAAACAUCAGUUCCAAGGCUUCGAUCUCUCGGCGUUUACAUUAGUGUCUUGGGAUCCGCCGGGCUUUGGUCUGAGUCGACCGCCAGAAAGG